GGGCUGGGCUCCAGUCACGUGACCGCGGCGCAGGUGAGCACCGCUUCCGGGGUCGGGUGCCGGGGAUCGCAGCCGGCUCCCGCUUCCACUCGGCCCAGUGCGCGGGAAGAUUAUGGCGUCCUCCUCGGUUCCGCCGGCCAGCGUGCCGGCAGCGGCGGCAGGCCCCGGCCCGGGUUUCGGCUUCGCCUCCAAAACCAAGAAGAAGCAUUUCGUGCAGCAGAAGGUGAAGGUGUUCCGGGCGGCCGACCCGCUGGUGGGCGUGUUCCUGUGGGGCGUAGCCCACUCGAUCAAUGAGCUCAGCCAGGUGCCUCUACCAGUGAUGCUGCUUCCAGAUGACUUCAAGGCCAGCUCCAAGAUCAAGGUCAACAAUCAUCUUUUCCACAGGGAAAAUCUGCCCAGUCAUUUCAAGUUCAAGGAGUAUUGUCCCCAGGUCUUCAGGAACCUCCGUGACCGAUUUGGCAUUGAUGACCAGGAUUACUUGGUAUCUCUUACCCGAAGCCCCCCACAUGAAAGUGAAGGUAGUGAUGGUCGCUUCCUUAUCUCCUACGAUCGGACUCUGGUCAUCAAAGAAGUGUCCAGUGAGGACAUUGCUGAUAUGCACAGCAACCUCUCCAACUACCACCAGUACAUCGUGAAGUGCCACGGCAACACACUGCUACCCCAGUUCCUGGGGAUGUACCGAGUCAGUGUGGACAAUGAAGACAGCUACAUGCUUGUGAUGCGCAAUAUGUUUAGUCACCGUCUUCCUGUGCACAGGAAGUAUGACCUCAAGGGCUCCCUAGUGUCCCGGGAAGCCAGUGAUAAGGAAAAGGUUAAAGAAUUGCCUACCCUGAAGGAUAUGGACUUUCUCAACAAGAACCAGAAAGUGUAUAUUGGUGAAGAGGAGAAGAAAGUAUUUUUAGAAAAGCUGAAGAGAGAUGUAGAGUUUCUAGUGCAGCUGAAGAUCAUGGACUACAGCCUGCUGCUGGGCAUCCACGACAUCAUCCGUGGCUCGGAGCCAGAGGAGGAGGGUCCCGUACGCGAGGAUGAGCCCGAGUGGGAUGGGGACUGUAACCUGACUGGACCGUCUGCCCUGGUGGGCUCCUAUGGAACCUCCCCUGAGGGCAUUGGAGGUUACAUCCAUUCUCAUCGGCCCCUGGGCCCUGGAGAAUUUGAGUCCUUCAUCGAUGUCUAUGCCAUCCGGAGUGCUGAGGGGGCCCCCCAGAAGGAGGUGUAUUUCAUGGGCCUCAUUGACAUCCUGACACAGUAUGACGCCAAGAAGAAAGCGGCUCAUGCAGCUAAAACCGUCAAGCAUGGGGCUGGAGCUGAGAUCUCCACAGUCCAUCCUGAGCAGUAUGCGAAGCGCUUCCUGGACUUUAUCACCAACAUCUUUGCCUAAGAGACUGGCCAGCUCCAUGGUGACUGCUGCUUCCUGUCCAGGUGGUGGGGCACUCAGAGGCUAGGGGGAACCAUGGCUACACUGGCCACUGCUUCUCUUCCUCCUUUGCUAGAAUUCACCCUGCAGGUUCCUCCCACCCAAGUAACCCCAUCACAUGGAACAGGCCCUUCCUGCCCCUCAGAAAUACAUUGCCCUUUCUCCCCACGUUUCUGCCCUCUCUCCUCCUCGCACCAAGUCCGCUUGCAUUAUUAGAAUGUUAGUGUCGCCUCUCCCAAGUGCCUUGAUCUUUGUAAAAUAUCCUAUUGUCUCCAUGAAAUAGGAGGAGCUGGGGGCAGGGGGUUGUUUGUCAUCUUCAGGACCUGACUGGACAGAUGGACCCUGACUCAAGCAGUGACUCUGGAUGCCCUUUGCAGUGCGGGAUGAACUCAAGAGUGUCUGAAUUGCGUUGAUCACGUUACAGAACUUGCUGAGGUGUGCUUCCCUCCUGGUAGGCCCUGGGCCAGAGCACUCUGAAGACACUACAGACAUGGGCGCAGGCAUGCACUCAUGUCAGCGGACUGUCUCUGGGCUUGCACGGCACUGGGCAGGGUGGAAGGCUGUCUGCAGACUGGCACUCCCAGAGGUGGUCCCCAAAAGGACUCCCUCCUGUGGUGAUGCGGGCGGUUGGAGAGGGUCUCUUUGUAGGACUGACUACUCUCCAACCUCCUCUUCUCUCACUUCACUUGGGCCCCCGCCCAUGUGGAAGCCAGAGGGGACCCAUAGCUUCACCCCUGGGUGAAGGUGUGUGACUGUUGCUGCCCUUUACCACAGCUUCACAGCCCUCUUGGGGCUGGAACUCUUCGUUGGACCACUGGCCAGGUCUGGAGCCUGGUGUGGUGGCUCACGGAUCGUGGCUGGCCCUGGAGACGGGGUGUCCCCUGUGCUGUGGCUUCUUCGGCUCCGCAGCCAUGGCCAAGCUUUAUUGCCAGCAGAGGAGGGGCUCCACAUGGGCCUCCUGAGAGGAUGGAGGACCUGAGGAUGGGAAGCUCACCCUCUUCCUGGAUGUUUAUUCCUUACACACUUCCUUCCCUCACCCCUUCUCAAGCUCCUUCUCCAGUUGGGCUUGUUAUUCUGUUUUUUUUUUUUUCUGUCCUGUCUCAUGCUGCUACUGUGUCUCCCAGGGGACAGAUGGCCGUGUUUGUCAUCCUCACGCUCCACCCCCAGAGACGAGUCAGAGCCAUAACUCAGUCCCCAAGCCUCUGCAAAUGCAUGAUGG